AGCAACACUUAUAACCAAAACGCGACAUCUGGCGAGUUGUGUAAAUAACUAGAGUUCGGUUUUCUGUGAUAGAUGAUGAAACAUACUUGUAAAUACAAAAAAUUAUAAAAGUUUUCUGAUUGAGGGCUUCUUACAUGUGGCGCCACCUAUUGGCGCAGUGAUCUACUCUACAAUAAAACUGCCCAGAAAUCUUUAACAAACACUUACAUUCCAUGGUAAUUUUACAUUUUGUUAAAUAUAUCACAUUUUUUCUACUUAAUAACGUUAUCUUGACAACAAAGAGGAGAAAAUUCUAUCCUACAUGUAAUCGCUUAUUUUAAACCUUGUAUGAAUUUUCUAAACAUUUUCCUAACGACUUCUAUUUCACCUUGGAAAGGUCAAACAAGUCAAGUCGAAGUCGCCAACUAAUUUUUGACACUUCCUUGGGGGACGUGCCGGUGUACAAGUCACAGAGACCCUAUUUUCAAAUAUUUUGAAAUAAUACUCGCAUCUCUAAAGAGCUCAACAUGCCUAUGAAAUCAAUCAGAGCCCGCAACAUCUUCGACUCUCGUGGUAACCCUACUGUGGAGGUUGACCUCGUCACUGACCUAGGGCUCUUCAGAGCUGCUGUGCCAUCUGGUGCUAGCACUGGUGUCCAUGAGGCCUUAGAACUUCGUGAUGAGGUCAAAUCCGAAUACCACGGCAAAGGUGUCUUCAAGGCCAUUGACAAUGUCAACAAGAUCAUCGCCCCAGAACUGCUAAAAUCCGGAUUAGAAGUCACCCAGCAGAAAGAAAUCGACGAAUUUAUGUUGAAGUUGGAUGGUACUGAAAACAAGUCGAAGCUGGGCGCCAAUGCUAUCCUUGGCGUGUCUUUGGCAGUGUGCAAAGCUGGAGCUGCCAAAAAGGGCAUUCCCUUGUACAAGCAUAUCGCCGAUUUGGCUGGAAACAAGAACAUCAUCCUGCCGGUGCCUGCUUUCAAUGUCAUCAAUGGAGGCUCCCAUGCUGGAAACAAACUGGCUAUGCAGGAGUUCAUGAUCUUGCCAACCGGUGCUAGCUCUUUCACUGAAGCUAUGCGCAUGGGCAGCGAAACGUACCACCACCUGAAGAAGGUCAUCAAGGACAAGUUUGGCUUGGACGCCACCGCCGUUGGUGAUGAGGGUGGUUUUGCACCUAACAUCCUGAACAACAAGGAGGGCUUAGACCUGAUCAAGAACGCCAUCGAGAAGGCUGGAUACACUGGCAAGAUCGAAAUCGGCAUGGACGUUGCCGCUUCCGAAUUCUUCAAGGAUGGAGCUUAUGACUUGGACUUCAAGAACCCAAAGUCAGACAAGAACCAAUGGCUGCCUGCUCCCAAACUGACCGACCUUUACCAGGAGUUCAUCAAGGAUUUCCCUGUCAUCUCCAUCGAGGAUCCCUUCGACCAGGAUGACUGGGAUGCGUGGUCAAACAUAACCGCAAACACCAAGAUCCAAAUCGUCGGUGAUGACUUGACCGUCACCAACCCCAAGCGUAUCCAGACGGCCGUGGACAAGAAAGCGUGCAACUGCUUGUUGCUGAAGGUCAACCAGAUCGGCAGCGUGACUGAGUCUAUCCAGGCACAUUUGUUGGCAAAGAAGAACGGAUGGGGUACCAUGGUUUCUCACAGAUCAGGUGAAACCGAGGACACCUUCAUCGCCGACUUGGUAGUAGGUCUAUCAACCGGUCAAAUCAAGACUGGUGCUCCAUGCAGAUCCGAGAGGUUGGCCAAGUACAACCAGAUACUGCGUAUCGAAGAGGAGCUGGGAGCAGGGGCAAAAUAUGCCGGCAAGUCAUUCCGCCAACCACAGUAGGCGAGGCCUUCUAUGCGUGCUCCAACUAUUAGGUCGGUAGGUUACAAAACAGCUUGCUCUUGGUUUAGUUAUCGUGCCAAGAUCUUUGUACUGAGGUGAUUCAAGUAAGCUGAUUCAGGUACCAGUGAUGUUUCAGAUGUUUAGGAUGUAACAAGUUGUAUGUAUGCAUCGUUAAAAGUAUAUACUAAAUAUUUAUAAUGUAAAUAUUGGGUUUUAUUUCUUGAAAACAAUACUGUCACACCAAUACUGUUUCACAUGCAGAUGAACCACUGCUUACACGUUUAUCGUUUGCUCGAACAUUUUAAGGUUGCUUUAUUCCUCAUUGAACUUUAAGCACUCGCUGAAUACCAAUGCACUGCUCCAACUUCCCUUGAAAAACUGUUAUUAAAUUAUAAAAUUAUAGUGACUGAGAAAUCCAUAUACUGUUGAAAUGUGUACGAGAGAAAAGCUUGCAAUACGUAUGUUAGAAUGGGAUAGAAGCAGCACGUUGCAACCCGAGUGACGAGAUCACGGACGCAGUUGCGGCUUGUCGCGUUGCCAUCGGCGCACUCUUUCUAACAUACGUAUUGCACGCUUCUUGUGUUUCUCUCUCGUGUACAUUACCUCGUCAAUGAUAUUUGGAUUUCUCUGAUUAGGCCUUUUCACGUUUUUUGGCGGGUCACAGUGAAGCUAUAACAAUUAAUUUCAUCACUCGCAUGUAUGCCACCGCCCUCCAUGGCGGAUGUUUGUGUAAAGCGGCCUACACACCUUGCUGUAUGUUGCGAUGCGACUCAUGAAACUUGCAUAAGCGCCUACUCAAAUCGAAACCUGAUGCCUGAAUCGACUCGAUGUUUCAUGCAAUACAAAAACAAUAGGGUGAAGGUAUUUUUAAAACUACUUAGUGCG